UAUUUGGUGCAGGUUUCUAGAUCUAUAGGCGAUGUUUAUAUGAAACAUGCGCGGUAUGACAGGGAACUAAUUAAUGGAAAAUUCAGACUUCCUGAACCAAUGAACAAGCCUAUAUUGAGUGCGAACCCAACUAUUAUUUCUCAUGUUCUCCAACCAAAUGAUGCUUUCCUUAUACUUGCAUCUGAUGGUCUAUGGGAACACUUGAGCAAUGAAAAAGCUGUGGAUAUUGUCCACAAUCAUCCACGUGCAGGGAGUGCCGAAAGGUUGGUCAUGGUUGCCCUACAAGAAGCAGCCAGAAAACGAGAAAUGAAAUACUCAGGUCUUUGGAAGAUUGGCAAGAAGGUUCGACGCCAUUUUCACGACGAUAUAACUGUUAUAGUGUUAUUCUUUAAUCAUGAUCUUAUAUCCAGAGGUGCAGUCCAAGACCCUCUAGUAUCCAAUCGAAACGCACUGGAACACAGGUAAUUCAUAAUACCAAAUAGAUUUUCUGCUUCCUCUGGUUUUUCCCAAACCCUCAAAGAACUGCCCUACACCAACAGAAGCCAUUUUUAUGGUGCACCGGUGGACCUCUGCACUGAUGUAGCGGGAUGCAUUGCUCGAAUACUGAUAUAGAGAGAACACUUGUUUUAAGAGGACUCAAAAUUUGUAAAAUGUUAAAAGAGUGUAACCUCCAUUUAC